AUGCGAGUUGAGGUCCUUCUAUACAUUCUAAACAUAAUCCUAAAUGCUGCCAUUGUCCUUCUCGACAUUCUUCUCAUCUACAUCAUUCUCAGUGGAAAGGAUUUGCGAAAGAAUCCAGUGAUUAUGCUUGUUUUUAUGGCCAUGCUUCUGGAUGUCUGCGUAUUUCUUAAUACUAUUGCUCAUGACGUACCCAGUUACAUUCUCCAAAAAGAUAUAACCACGACACUUACAACAGAAGCAGCUACCGUACUACUGAGUGUGCAAUGGUUCUUCCAGCUCUUUCUUCUUCCAGUUCUUUCUGUCAUCCAUCUUCUCGCAGUAUUCGCCCCUUUGAAUUUUCGUCGCAUCUCACGCAAGGACACCCUCGUUUGCAUUAUUGUUAUACUUCUCAUCAGUGCCUCGAUGACAGCUCCCCUCUUCACUUCGUGCUGUGGUUAUGCUUACUUCAUCCCAGGACAUUACUGGCAUUUCGAUUUUGCAAAGCCUUAUACAUAUAUUUACAAUGAUGUUAACAUUGUACUGCAGGUAACUUGCGUGGGCAUCAUGCUAGUCAUUGAUAUUCUCAUAGUUUACAAAGUGUAUAAAUUGCAAAGCGCUCAUUCACAGGUUGUAAAUGCAAGCAUAGCAACUAUAGGACAUAGUACCACAACAAGAAAGAAGAGUCUGAAAUUAAGCCCAGAAACUCGCUUAGCGCUCAGCUUCGUGGCACUCACUGUUUGUUUCCUAACUUCGACAUUGUGUUUCAACCUUAUCAAAACAAACGGUUUCUGGCAAGAUGCAGCCAUGAAGGUUUCAGCGAAUCUCAAUCUCAUCAAAUGGGCGUUAUAUUCAUUAGGGAAUAGUGGUGUAAGAAACAGACUGUGGUGCGUCUUUCGCGCAUGGAAGCCCUCAGGAUCAACACAACACUCGCUGUUUACAAAGACGCAAUUGUCAUUGUUAUAAGAUUAUCGUUGUGCCAUCAGAAUGUGAUUGAAAAAAUGUGCUACCUAUUAUUACCGACUGUUGUAUUAAGCUGUUUCAACAGUUCCACCCGUUUCUUGUAUCUCUUUUUGAGCUGCUGAUUUUAACGAAAAAACCAUUUCUCAUGACUGUUUAUAUCAUUUGAAAAUUCUUUUAUUCUAGUUUUUCGAGCACACUCUCGCGUAGAGCUUUGUUCAUUUUGAGAUUUCGUACCUUAAAAGGACAAUGAAAUUAAUAUGGGAAAUUCCCUUUUUGCUAUAUUGCCAUAAAUUCCAC